AUGUUCAGCAGGUUGAAGAGCCUGAUCGGGGCUCCUGAGCCCCCCCCCUGCCCAAGCUCCGACCCCACCAUCAUCCCCAGCUCCAGCCUUACUAGCAUCGUUUCUUUACAGGAAGAAAAGCCGCCUGAAAAGAGGGAUGAGAAAGAGGAGCCAAAACAAGACGAGGAGAAGAAAGAGGAAGAGAAGAAAGAAGAAGAAAAGAAAGGGGAGGAGAAAAAGGAAGAAGAGCCAAAACCAGCUCCUGCUCCUGCUCCAGCUCCUGCUCCUGCUCCAGCUGCUGCUGCUGCUCCUGCUCCUGCUCCAGCUGCUGCUGCUGCUCCAGCUCCUGCUCCAGCUCCUGCUCCAGCUCCUGCUCCAGCUCCUGCUCCAGCUCCAGCUCCAGCUCCAGCUCCUGCUCCUGCUCCUGCUCCAGCUCCAGCUCCAGCUCCAGCUCCAGCUCCAGCUCCAGCUCCAGCUCCUGCUCCUGCUCCAGCUCCAGCUCCAGCCGAUCCAGAGGGGGUCGAGGGUGAAGAGGCCCCCCCUCCUCCUCCUCCCCCCGUUGUCUACUUCCGCUACACCGAUGACACGCUCAGAGAUACAAUCAAGAGGUUAAGAGAGCGCAGAGAGGUGCUCAAACUGAAAGCCAUAGACCCUUUUGCCACUUCUCCAGAAAUCACCCCUCCAGUCACGCCUAUUCUGAAGAAGGAGGACUACAUCAGAUUGAAGGAAGAGGAGCGAAUAGCAAAGGAGGAAGCAGAUAAAAAGAAGGCAGAAGAAGCAGCCAAAAAGGCAGAGGAGAAGAAGAAGAAGGACGAGGAGAAAAGGCUGGAGAACGAGCAGAAGGCGGAGGAGGAGCGGCUGGCGAAGGAGGCCGCCAAGAAGGCAAAGAUCCUCCCAGAAAUCAACUUCUCCAUCAUCGACGCCCUCUUCAGCCCCAUAGAGACCCGGAUGGAUGGCAUCCUGGGAAACACCAUCGACCCUUUCACAGAUCGGCGGUACAUUGCCUGGUUAGCCGUGGUAGCCGUGGCGAUCAACUACAACUUUUGGUUUUGCACCGCCCGGAUGGCCUUCCCUUACCACAACGACACCCUUAACCGCUUCUGGAUACUGUUGGACAUUCUGAGUGACGUAGUGAAUGUCAUCGACAUCAUAAUAUGGCAGCCGAGACUGCAGUUCGUCAAAGCCGGGGACAUUAUUAAAGACAGAAGCAUGGCUAAAGUACAUUAUCGGAAAUCAUAUCGAUUUAAGUUGGAUAUCCUCAGCAUCCUCCCGUUUGACCUCCUCUGCCUGCAGUUUGGAUUCUCCUCAGUGUACCGAAUCAACCGCUUUAUCCGGAUCGAGUCCUUCUUUGAGUUCAGCGAUCGACUUGAGAGUGUCAUGGCCAAGGCCUACAUCUGGAGAGUGAUUCGCACCACAGGUUACCUGCUCUUCGCUCUCCAUCUCAACGCCUGCGCUUACUACGUUGCUUCAGUAAACCAGGGUCUGGGGUCCACCACAUGGGUUUAUAAUGGGAAGGGCAACGCGUACAUUCGUUGUUACUACUACGCAGUGCGCAGUCUGAUCAACAUCGGGGGUCUUCCAGAGCCCGUUACCGUCUUUGAGAUUACCUUUCAGAUGUCCAACUUCUUCAUUGGCGUCUUUGUGUUCUCCAGUUUGAUUGGACAGAUGAGAGACGUGAUAGGAGCAGCCACAGCAGGCGUGACGUAUUUCCGGGCAUCAAUGGACGGCUGCGUUGACUACAUGAACACCAACACCAUCCCCAAGGAGGUCCAGAACAGAGUCCGGACCUGGUUCAACUACACCUGGGAAGCUCAGGGCAUGCUGGAUGAGUCGGAGCUGCUGGACAAGAUGCCCAUGGUGAUGAGAACUGCCAUCGCUGUGGACAUCAACAUGGCCACCUUCCAGAAGAUCGCACUGUUUCAGGGCUGCGACCAUCAGAUGUUGGUGGACAUGUUGUUGAGGCUCAAGUCUAUCGUCUAUCUACCCGGAGACUUUGUUGUGAAGAAAGGGGACAUCGGUAAAGAGAUGUACAUCAUCAAAGAGGGAGCGGUGCAGGUGGUGGGGGGGCCGGACAACAGCAUCGUGUUUGUCACCCUGAAGGCUGGCUGUGUGUUUGGAGAAAUCAGUUUACUACAGUCUGCCAAAGAUGGAGGGAACAGGCGCACAGCUAACGUGAAGGCGCACGGCUUCGCUAACCUCUUCGUCCUGGAGAAGAAAGACUUGUUUGAUAUCCUCGUCCAUUACCCAGAGUCUCAGAAAGUGUUGGCCAGGAAGGGCAGGGCCCUGACCAAAGCCAAAGGCCCUCCAGGUCCUAAGCUUAAGGAGGACAAGAUUAAAGGAGGCGCUCUGUUUGGACAAAAACCGCAGACUCCCAAGAUGAUUAAACUCUUCGCUAUGUUACGCAAAGCGUCAGCGGCGAAGGUAAAGUAGCUGUUCAUAGAGAGAUAACUGGAAUACUUUGAUAUGGUUAAUAACAAAAAGCCUAAAGACAAUGUAAUGACUAGUAGAAGACUUUCAGCAGUGACGCAGCAUUGUCUCUUCUCUCUUUCAGAAAUAAGAGCGGACGAGUGAUGCUGCCAUCUCUACACUCUCUAAUCUGCCACCAUCAUGUUGUGUAGUUCACUUUACACAGGCAUCUGUAAAUACAGUUUCAAAUGAUUCACCUUGUUAACCUUUAUAGAGUCAAAUGUAUUCUGAUUAAUCUGAUCAGAAGCCAAAUCUGUGAAAAUGAUAGCGAUACUUUACUGCAAAACGGAGCAUUUGUAUAUCUAUUACUCACCCUGUGCUAUCUUAAACUCUCAAUGAAAGAGAGCCGUAAUUAGUCAUUACUAGUGAGCAUUAAAGUGCACGAGUCUCUAAA